CACUUUAUUUCCACCUCGUCGCCGGGGUGUGUAUGUGUGUGUGUGUGUGUGUGUGAGAGAGAGAGAGAGAGAGAGAGAGAGAGAGAGAGAGAGUGUGUGUGUGUGUGUGUAGAAAUCUAGGAAGUAACGUUUGUCUAACUUUUCGAUCGGGACAACAAGGAGAAGACGUUAAUCCGCGAUAUCUCUAAGAAACUGUGAUUUACGAGAGAAAUAACGACGCCGAAAUGCUGGGAAAUAUGUUUUUAAUUAUUUAAAACGGUGUUUAAGACGUUUCUUGACUCACCUUUUCUGGGAGGCUCAGGUGAAGAAAGUUUUUUUUUUUUUCUUGAAGUUGUGUGAUUGGAGUUAACACUAACCGCAGGAGCAGAUUCCGUCUUUUUUUUUUUCUUCGCUGUCAGAAAUAUUUCUGCUUUUAGAGAUGAAAUGAAUGGUCUUCCUCGAAAGUGGAUGCUGACAGAGAGUUAUGCUGAGGCCUGCCUCUCGAUAUCAGGAUGAGCACUACAGAUGGAGCCGGGGUCCCUGAGCAGGAUGGAGAGGCCCGUGUUGUGCAGAUCUACCCCAGGGUUUCACAGGACACGGCUGCCUACUGUCCCCUGCAGGUCAGUGCUGGGGACACGGGGAGGUCGGUCAUCCACAAUGCCGUGGUCACUCUGGGGUUGGACUCCAGCCAGAAGUACAGCCUGCUGGAGGUGAGGAAGAGCGGCGGGGAGGAGAGGCUGCUGGAAGAUGGUGACUGCCCUCUGGAGCGAGUCCUGCUGUGGCCACCAGAGGCACAGAGGUGGCACCCCGAGAACCAGGGGUACCACUUCAUCCUUCAACAGCAAAAAGACAACAAUGGAGGCAGCCAAGAAGAAAGCAACAAAGAGGACUAUGAUGACCUCUGCAACCUCCAAACUGUGACGGAGCAGAGUAUUCUGGAGGCGUUACGCCAGCGCUUCUACAGUUUGAAAAUCUACACCUACGCCAGCAACAUCCUCAUCGCCAUCAAUCCUAAUAAGUUCCUACCUGUUUACUACAACCCCAAGUACGUCAAGAUGUAUGAGAACCAGCCACUGGGCAAAUUAAGCCCUCAUAUAUUUGCAAUAGCAGAUGUGGCCUUCCGUACCAUGCUGAACAGGCAGGUUAACCAGUGUAUAGUCAUAUCUGGGGAGAGCGGCGCUGGAAAGACUGAAAGCAGCAGUUAUCUCAUCCACUGCCUGACUUCUCUCAGCCAGAAGACAUACUCCAGCGGGCUGGAACGGACCAUUCUUGGUGCAGGACUCGUUCUGGAGGCCUUUGGCAACGCUAAGACUGUAAAGAAUAACAACUCCAGUCGCUUUGGGAAGUUCAUCCAGCUCAACUACCUGGAGAGCGGUGUCAUCAGAGGGGCAGUUAUUGAGAAGUACCUCCUCGAGAAGUGCCGCUUGGUGUCCAGAGAUAAGAGUGAGAGGAGCUACCACGUGUUCUACUAUCUGCUGGUUGGAGCGUCCAAAGACGAGCAGGAGGAGUUUUGUCUUCUAAAGCCACAAGAUUAUCGCUACUUGAAGCAGGAAGACCUCCUUAUAGAAGAUGAGGAGAAACUUGGGCAGGAGUACAAGAGGCUCCAUCAAGCUAUGGAAAUGGUGGGCUUCCUGCCCUCCACCAAGAAACACAUAUUUUCCAUCCUCUCUGCCAUCCUCCACCUUGGCAACGUGACAUACACAGUGUCAAAGGACACUGAGGUCCUGGAGGUUGGACCUGCUAAAGUCUUGUCUACACUGUCUGACCUGCUCAAGGUGAAAAAGGAGCAGCUGGUGAAGGCUUUGACCAAGAGGAAAGUGGUGACCGCCCAGGCCACCGUAGUUUCACAGUACACACUACAAGAGGCCUCCAAAGUGCGGGACUCCAUGGCCAAGUCUUUAUACAGUGCGCUGUUUGACUGGAUCAUCCUUCACAUCAACCAUGCAAUGCUCAAUAGACGAGACAUGGAGGAGUCGGUCUCUUGUUUGUCCAUCGGUGUCUUGGAUAUGUUUGGAUUCGAGAACCUCCAGACAAACAGUUUUGAGCAGCUGUGCAUCAACUACACCAAUGAGAGACUGCAGUAUUACAUCAACCAGAACAUCUUCAAGCUUGAGCAGGAAGAUUACGUGUCAGAGGGCAUCACUUGGCAAAACAUCGACUACACUGACAACAGUGGCUGCAUCCAGCUGAUCAGCAAGAAGCCAACUGGACUCUUUGACCUGCUGAAUGAGGAGGGCAACCUCCCUCAGGCCAUCCUGCUGGACAAACUGAAGCAGCAGAAUCAGGAUAACCCACUCUUUGUACCCUCUCCAAAUACAAAGCUGACUUUUACCAUUCAACACUUUGCUGGCAGUGUUGAAUAUCACAUCAAGGACUUCAGAGAGAAAAACACAGAGCACAUGCGUCCUGAAGUCGUGUCUCUUCUGCGGAGCAGCGAGCGGUCGUUCCUCCACCACCUGGUUGCAUCCAGCCCAGAGGCACUGUUCAGAUGGGGCGUCCUCCGAGCCACCAUUCGCAUCCUCACAGUAUUCAAAAACAUGGGACGCCAGCGGGCAGAAAUGAUGGCUGCCAGACGAAGCUCCCGCAAAUCCCUCAAAGACAUGAAACACAACAGCAAUACUAAUGACAGACUAUCCAGUGCCACCAUGACUCUGGAUUUCUCCUUCGAUCGCUCUGAUGAACUUCCUCUUGAUGUAUUUGAAGACAUCUUUGCCAAUUAUGAAAUGAGAAAGAAGAGUAGAGGCGGUCGACAGAAGCAGCUCAUUCCAAAGAACCUCGUGGAUUUGCGCUCACUCCAACAUGUUGUUGGUCUCACUGCACACGACCGAACCAGCAAAUCCAUCUUCCACCCUCACCAGAGAACGAGGCCCCCUACAGUUAGCACUCAGUUUCAGGCCUCGCUCAGAAAGCUGAUGGAGACAAUUGAAAAAGCAGAGCCUUUCUUCAUUUUCUGUCUUCGCUCCAACACUGAAAAGAAGGAGCUUCACUUUGAUGAUGAACUUGUGCUACGGCAAAUCAGGUACACAGACAUGCUGCAGUUGGUUCAUAUCCAGAAGUCUGGCUACAGUGCUAGAUACACAUUCAUGGAAUUUGUCGACAAGUUCAGGAUAUUGCUCCCCAAAGGAGCAACUGCAUCUCCUGAGCACAUAACUGAUCUUUUUGAGAGGAUGGAGCUGGAUAAAUCCACCUACCAAAUAGGAAAAACCAAGGUGUUCCUGAAGGAAAAGGAGAGGCAGCGGCUCCUAGACACUCUUAACAAAGAACUGAUGCGUCGCAUCAUUAUACUGCAGCGCUGGUUCCGUACCUGUCUGAUAAGAUUGCACUUUCUGCAAAAGAGAGAUGCCACAAUGAUCAUACAGAGGGGCUGGCGUGAGUUUUAUGAGAAUCAAAACCGAGCUGCUACAAUUAUCCAGACGGCUUGGAGGAGUUCCCUGAAGAGAUCACAGCAACAACAUGAGAAGGAACAUGAUGAGAAGAUGUCUAAAAACCGGCUUGGACGGGACAGCCUGGCAAAAAAAGAGCUGAAGAGGCAGCAUAAAGUGGAGCUCAGCCCCAGCAGGACCCAGCAGCUUGACCCAGCCAACGGCCACUCUGCACAGAGGGACCAGAGCAGGGAGAAACGAGAGGGCAGAGGAUCCCCUCCGCCUCUGAACCGACCCCUUUCCCUCCCUCUGGACCCUAAAGUUGGUAGUGAUCGUUCCCCCAGCCCCUCUAAGAGCAGCUCGCUUCAGCGCUAUAAAGAUACCAGCGACAUUAAGGAGAAGGCUGAGAGGUGGAGGGGAAGACAGGGUGAAGGCGAACCAACAGACGAAUCGAGUCCAGAAAUCCGCCGGCGAAGAGAAAAUAGGAGAGAUGACUUUUACCGCAAAGGGAAAUCUCUGUCUGCUGAUGAACUGUCCAAGAUCAGCUCCUCAGACUCUGAUGGUUCACCUUAUACUAAUGAGGUCAGGGUACGCCUCCGCAAGCUGCCCAAACGCAAGCGGCGCUUAGCCUACGCCCGCAGCGGUUUGAUGAUAAACUUUGGGGGCUCCAAGGAGAGCGAGUACUGGAGCUUUCCACUGCCUCCCAUCAGUCCCUGCGUGCUCAGCCUGAAGAGCUCGGCCAGUAGUGUGGAUGUCCGGGCCCUCGAAUCCCAGGUCAAGAGACCGGCAGAACCUGACGGGUUGAGGUUUAGCCUUCCUCCCAGCAGCACCAGUGAGGCAUCUAACCAAUCACAGGCCACAACUCCUGAGAGGAUUUGGUCUCUUGCUAGAUUCCUGCGGAAACGGGCACCCAAAUAUUCCCCAAACAAUGACUCUUCAUCAGACAAAGCCGUCACCCUGCCCAGCUACACUCCACAUCCCUACCACAUGCCAAACCAGAACAGUGGGAGGGUCAAUCGAAACCCCACCAUUCGAAUCAGCCGGGCCACGCGAGCGAUUGAGUGGAACACAUCUCUGGACCGAGAGAUCACCGACACCAAGGAGCUACGAAACCUGGAUGAGUUCCUCGGAAACCAGGUGAAUGAGCUGCGGACAAGAAUAAAAGAGCUGUCACCAACAGAGGGCAUCUUCCUCACAGCCACUAUGGAGUUCAGAGAGACCAUCAAAGGCAUGUACUCCGUCCAGAAGCCCCAAAUUGCCUACAAAGAUCUGAUGAAGGGCUACCACAACAAAGUGAACUCACUAGCCGGACUCAAGGAGAAAGCAGAAGUCUCACUGGUGGUCAACCUUUUCCAGUCUGUGCUGGACGGCUUCAUCAGGGGCGAAAUAAAGCGAGUGGAGUCUGAACCAUCCAAGGCGACUAAGACGACAAAGAAGAGGAGGAAAAAGGACAAAUGUCCUGAUAGUCCUCUGGAUCACCUGUUCAGCACAUACCAAGUGAACAUUAUGCAGUCAUGUGACUUGUGUGGCUCCUACAUCUGGGGGAUGGAGAAAGCCUACAUGUGCAGUGCUUGCAAGUUAAUAUGUCACAAGAAAUGCCUGAGCAAGAUCAUCACAGACUGCUCAACACGGUGCUCCAGGCAGGAUGAUAGUGUACCAGGCUCCCUUCACUUUGGGGUGCAGGUGUGUGUCCUCACCAGUAAAGCCAACCCUGUGCCUAAAGUGGUGGAGUUGUUGCUAAUGCAUGUGGAGCUCAACGGCCUCUACACUGAGGGCAUUUACCGCAAGUCGGGCUCAACCUGUCGAGCAAGGGAGCUCCACCAGAUUCUGGAGACCGAUCCUGAAGGAGCAUGUUUGGAGAAUUACCCCAUCCACACCAUCACAGGUCUGGUUAAACGAUGGCUCAGAGAGCUGCCUGACCCACUCAUGACCUUUUCCCUCUACAGUGACUUUCUGCAUGCUGUGGAACUGCCAGAGAAAGCAGAGAGAAUAAGGGCUGUAUACCAAAAGGUCGAUGAGCUUCCUCCUGCUAAUUACAACACAUUAGAGCGGCUCAUCUUUCACCUUGUCAGGGUUGCAAAGGAAGAGGACCACAAUAAGAUGUCACCAAGCUCUCUUGCUAUUGUGUUUGCCCCUUGCAUCCUGCGCUCUCCUGAUGCUCAUGACCCCUUCCUUGGCAUGAAGGACGUGUCCAAGACUACACUCUGUGUAGAGAUCUUGAUCACUGAGCAGUUCAGACGCUACAAAGAGAAGAUGCAGAAUAUCCAGGAGCUGGAAUACGCAGAGGCGCUGGCUGUCAACCAGCUCAAACUGAGGAGGCAAAACACGGUUGUUGAAAAGCCUUCAGAGCUGGAUGUCCCAGAGGAAAUACAUACCGAUGAAACAGAGAAGACUCUCAUCGAAAGGAUCAGGUCGAUCAAGCAAGAAAAGGUGGACUUGGCCUGCAGGUUACCUGACCUGGAGCAGGAGCAGUCUGACAACGAUAACCUAGACUCAUCAUCGUCGAUGAGCACAGAGAGUCUAGAAGAUCGCCUAAAGAGCCUGGAAUCGGAAGGAAAGAUGACCACGCGACUGAAAACCCAGAAACCCGACUACCCGAAUAAACCUCCUGACCUGGCCCAGAGAGUUAGAAGUCUGAUGGCUCAGACAGAUGAUGAACAGAGAAAGUUUACAUCAGGACAAAAGACAGAUGUUUCUCAAUCCAUGUGCUUCCUGCCCAGCCAAGACAACCCCUCCCCAACCGACAAGCCCCAGGUCACCAGUGAGACUUUCAGCGGGACCUUUGACAACCUGGAUAUCCCUUACAUAGAUGAGGAUGAGGAUCUAACAUGAGCAUAACACCACAAAUUUUCAUAGUUUGAAUAUUCUCAAGUAUGUGUUAAUAGAAGAUGUGUUAUGGCCAAAAGAACUGUGCACUUUGUUUUAGAGACUCUUCCAUUUGUCAGUGCUGCUAUGGAAACAAAGUGCUUUGUGAAUUUAUAUGUAUUUAACAGGGAAAUCAUACGGACUGUUCCUUCAGGGUUUUUAUAGCAGAUCUGAAGAAGUACAAUCAGGAAUGACUACUCACACUAUAUCUCUGUCUGUCACUGUUUGCAAAUUUUAAACAUAUUUGGGAAUUGUACAAUACACAUUUUAGAAAAGGUAGGUAUUUUGGACCAUUUCUGUGGAGCUGUUUUUCAUCUUUAGAGAAAAAUAGUGCAGCCUGAUGAGGAGAAAUUUAGGAUACAAUUUCCCCCUUUACUAAUAGACAGUAUUCUGAGCUUGAUAACUAUUGCCCUGCUGAGAGCAAAUGUGGUUUGUGGAGGAAAAAAAAUUGCAAGCAUACCAAAAAACUUCCAACACUGUAUGUGUAGUGAUUCUCCAUUGUACAGAGUGUGAUGUUUUGGCUUUUCCUCAUACUGACUGCUGUGACUGACCACUGAUUCACUGAUGUACAUGUGAAAGGGAAUGGUCAAAAUGCUGCCUGUUAGACUGACUGAUAAUAUAUUUCCCUCUGUCACUUUUCUUGUUAUAGGCUGUGCAGUUACACCAAGUAAACAUCUAUACAUGUAGUUUUUUUUUAACAUGCACGCCUGUACGUUUUAUAAGGGUUAGGAAUUAUGCAUAUAAUGGUGGAUGUUCUCUGAUGCUGACUUUUCCUCAUCAACACCUCUUUAAAACAGUUUAAAUAAAAACUGAACAUUGUAAACUUCAUGAAGGAGGAUUUAUUGCUGUUGUAUUAGAUUGCAUUUUAAUUAGAAAGGUGUUCCUGCCUACUGGUGUAACUGCCAACUGAUGGGUAUGUUAUUGUGAAAAUGACCAUGCCGCAUGAUAAGUAGUUUUAUUUGGUACUUUUCAACUCAACUAAAAUUUUGAAUGAAUGAC